AUGGCUGAUACACAAACUGCCCCGGUUACCCAAAACCCCGACGCUCCAAGUCCCCACGAUGAUGCUGACAACGAAGACUCUAUCCUUCGCGAGCUGAACGCCGCCAUAGCCGCUAAUCCAGAACUACGAGCUCCGGCCCCUAAACCCGCGGAGGGAGAAUGGGAAGACUUUGACCGCCUGCUUGCCGAAAAUCCCGAAUUCGCUGCACCAGUUGCAGCUUCUUCCGGGCGCAAGGAGUAUUACAAGACCAAGACUCACUGGGAGUGUGGCCAUGAAGGCGAAGAAACCAAGACUGAUAUAGAGCGUGACCCCAAUGAUGGAACACCUGAGCUCCUGAUCAACGAGGCCAGGGGAAUCUGCGACAAGUGCAUGGAGAAAUGGGUCAAUCUGGAGAACGCCGGCGACAUGGAGCUGGGAGGAAGCUCUAGUGGACCAGUUGGACCGCCAACAUAUGACCAGGCGCAGACCUCUGAUGAGCUAGAGGUCGAGGAUGAUGACGAAGGUCUGCGUCCCCGGCCCCUAUUCGAUAUAGACGAUGGUCCCGACAAGGGGAAGAGCCAUCCUGGCCAGAAUGUUCGAUAUGAUCAGGAUCUCGACGAUGACAAUGAAGAUGAUGAUAGAUCAAUUUAUUCACGAGAAGACUCUCUUGGUAACCCGAUUGGUUCCCAGCCACAUCCCCAUCGGUAUCCUCUCUUAGAUUCCGAUGAUGAUGACGAGCUUGCUGCGCCGUCUAUUCAGCGCCCGGGACCCCAUGGUUAUCACCAAUAUGCCGACCAGCCUCUGGGCCCCGCUCCAGAUUUUGUGUCAGAUGAUGAAAGUCGGGCUGCUCCGCUUAAUCCUCAUGGGCCACAAGUUGCACCUCCCGCCGAAGGUCGUGCAUAG